AUGAAUACAAUUUUGACUAAAUUUAAAAAUAAAGACCAAUCAACUAGUAAUCAACAGUUAGAAAUGUGUCUGGAAGUUCGUACGAAUAAUUUAAAGUCGAUAUGCAGUGCAUUGAAAAUUUGUCACGAAAACUGGAUACAUGAUUUAGAACGUUAUCGUGAUGAAAGUAAACUAUUAAAAUUAUUUUCUAAUCGUCAAAUAAUGAUUAUGAUAAUCCUUUUAACAUCAUCCAUACACAAUCAAACAAAACGUGUUUUUUUGAAAAAAUUAUAUAAUAAUUUUACAUGGGAAAGUCGAAAUCAAGAACGAAUUAAUGAACAAGAACAACAAUUAACUGUUGAAUGUUUAUCUCAUUAUUUAAAAUCAUUAAGAAUUAGUGAAUGUAAUUUAUCUGUUGAAAAUUUAUUGCGUCUAUACGAUGAGAAUCGAAUUCAGCAUGGUGAUAAUAUUGAUUUAUGUUUGAAAAAAUUAUGUCAAUUUUUAAAGGAAAUGUUUUUUGAUAGUAAACAAUUAUAUCCACCACUAGCAGAACAAUUGGUUGGAAGAAAUUUGAAACAUGGAAAAAAUACAACAACAAUGGCACCACCGACACACCAAAAUGAACAAUAUUUAGUUACAUUUCAUCCAAAAACAAAUAAUAAAUCAUUAUUAGUUACACUUGAACAUGAUCUCGAUAUGGAAACUUGGUGUAUAUUAUUGCAUAUUUUUAAUAACAAAUUUCCUUCAUCAUAUCAAAUUUUGUGGGGAUCAAUAUCAACGGAAGAGGAUAUAUUAUUAUUUUAUUCUAGAAUUCGAACAUUUAUUCAUUUAACAUUUGUUGUUCUUGAUAUUGAUAAAAUGCAUCAUCGUUUACGUGAAAUAUUGUUGAAUGAACAAGAUUCAUUGACAAGACAGAAAGAUUUACAUGCCGAAGUUUAUUAUUUUUCACGUGAGCUCACGUGUAGAAAAGGAAUGAAACCGUACAUAAUUCCAAGAGGUUUUAAUGCAGAUGUAACACGUGCACGAUUAAACAAUAAUUACCAACUACUUGGUUGUACACCACCGCAGAUCAAAACGAUUGUUGGAAGAGCUGGCAUAGGUACGUAG